UCACUUUUGGAAGCAGUCGUAAGCGAAACACAAGCUGGUGCUGAUUUUGCUGUGCGUGCAGGUGAAAAGUACUGAGCAAACACGCAAACAGCACUGUACGUACACAACAGCAUAUCGUGCUCGGCACUGUGCUUCUGGAAAUGGAGCUCCGAGAAGCUGGUCUGCGGAGACAGGCCGUAAAACGACAUCUGCACAAGCACAAUCUGAAGCACCGCUACGAGUUCCUGGAGACCCUGGGGAAGGGGACGUAUGGAAGAGUGAAGAGGGCACGGGACAAGCAAGGCAGAGAGGUAGCAAUCAAGUCAAUCCGCAAGGACCGUAUAAAAGAUGAACAGGAUAUUCUUCAGAUCCGCAGGGAGACAGAGAUCAUGAGCUCCCUGUCCCAUCCUCAUAUCAUCUCCAUAUACGAAGUGUUCGAAAACAGCAGCAAGAUUGUCAUUGUGAUGGAAUAUGCCAGCCAGGGCGACUUGUAUGAUUAUAUCAGCGAGCGGCAAAAGCUCAGCGAACAGGAGGCCAGGAGAUUCUUCCGGCAGAUUGUGUCAGCCGUGCAGUACUGUCACGCGAAUGGGAUUGUGCAUCGUGACCUUAAGCUGGAAAAUAUCCUUUUGGAUGAGAAUAAGAAUGUAAAGAUCGCUGAUUUUGGUCUGUCCAACAUUUACCAUUCUGAUAGCUACCUUCAGACAUACUGUGGAAGCCCGCUCUAUGCCUCCCCGGAAAUAGUUAAUGGGAGGCCAUACAUAGGACCUGAGGUUGAUAGCUGGUCCUUGGGAGUGCUCCUUUACAUCCUGGUUCAUGGUUCCAUGCCCUUUGAUGGUCACGAUUACAAGAAGCUGGUAACUCAGAUCACCUGUGGAGCAUAUAAGGAGCCAAGCCACCCAUCAGAUGCUUGUGGCUUGAUCCGUUGGCUCCUGAUGGUGAACCCAGAGCGUAGAGCUACUCUGUCUGAUGCUGCCAACCAUUGGUGGGUGAACUGGGGUUACCAACAGCCUUUGAAUGAGCCAGAAACUUGCAAGGAUGCUGACAACGCCCUAUCUGUUGUGGGCGAUUGGUUUCGGCGUUCUUCUCGUCCUCUUUGGGAAAAUGGCUCUAAGAUGCGUUGCUUUUUGCGACAGCACCUACCUGGAGCAACCAUCACUCGACAGCGCUCUCUCAAACGCUCUAAAAGGGAAAACAUGAGCCAGGGAUUAAGUGGUCAGGGGCCACAAGAGAAACUCCACACUGCCCCACCUGCUCCAAGAAAGGGUAUCCUGAAGAAAACACAGCAACGAGAAUCUGGGUACUACUCUUCUCCAGAGCAAACUGAGGCCGCAGCACUUGAACACCCAGAUGUUGCACCCCCAUCGCCAGAACCAGAUAUACCCAAAGAGCUCCCAGCUUCUAAUCCUGAUGCAGGGAACCAUGAAAACCACCCUAAGAAUGGUGCUAGAAAGGGGAUUCUCAAACGAAAUGGCAAAUUUUCCUCUGCUUGGGCAGCCCCUGAUUUGUCUUUUAGAGCACUUGACUGUCCAUCAGGAGAUGAAAAGGCAUCUGUUUGCCCACUAGCACGAGAAAGAGCACAAUCCUCUGUCAGCCAAGAGAGCAUCCUCUCUACUGAAUCCUUUGAAUUACUAGACUUUUCCAGCAGGUGCCGAGAACGAACACGGGUCAGGCCCCGACACAUGCGAACAAGUAUUUCUGCAGAGGAUCUCCUACAACUUGAUGUAAGGGAAGAUGACGUUGAGGAGAAACCUGGGCUCUGGGAAAUGGGAUGUUAUCGGUCACGGGUAGCUGAAAGCUGCCUGUCUCUAGGACCUGCAGAGGAAGAGGUUAUGCAGGUUUAUAGGAAUGCAGUCCUCAUUGGACAGAAGCUGAGCUGAGAAGCAGUUAAUUGUCACUGCUACAGACUGGCUCCCAGAAGGCGUUGAGGCCAAAGGACCAAUGCACCUAGAAGUGUUGCUUGUUUCAUGCAGAAUCGUUUUUAAUGCGUUUCAGAAUAUUAAAUAGAACAGAACACAGUGGGAUUGGCAUCUUGCAGGUCGUGCUUAGAGACUGCACACAUUUAACAUUGAUGGGUCUCCUGAGUAAAAUGUUUAAAACAUUAGAAGCUUGCAUGAUGAAAGCAUUUGGAGUAAUGUGAAUUUGCCAAAGUAUGCAUCCUGGCGACCACAAGGCCCUCAAGGUGCUGUAGACCUCUGGAUAAUUGUGGACUGACCUGAAAUGUUGCCUUAAGCGAUAGUGCCUUAUUGCAGAAACAAGGCCCAGAAGUCCAACAUUGUGUGCAUUGGGUGAAUAGAUGGUUUCUUUUAAUGCACUAUAAUUGAUUUAAAAAAAAUGUAGUUCGUUUAGCCAAUUAUUGAU